AUGAGAGGGAAGAGGAAGUUGAUAGAUGGGCAACGGUUAAAUGCUUCCAGAAAUAUUUCGGGCCAUGAAGGAGCCGAAGAAACUGAUGUUACGGCUGAUGGCGGUUGUGGCAUUCAACUGGGUAGCCUUGUUCGGGUUCUUCUGUAUGGAGCUCGGUGUCUUAUACUAACUUGGGUGGUUACGGGUCUUAUGUCCUUGGCUGUGGAGCCCAUUGGGCGAGUGAUUGGUGGCACCAAGAACCUUUGGGCAGCCAAAAAUUUUAUUCUUGUUGGUGGCUUGGCUUUGACGCUUUACAUCAACAAGCUAGCUACGGACGAGCGGCUCGAGCGCAAUGAUUUAACCUUUACUCUUGAGCCCUCUAACGGCAUUCGAGCUUGGGUCUUGCAUUUUUUCGGUGAUCUCGGCAUUCCUCUUGGGAUAACAUUGAGUGUCGCGCCUGCACUAACAUCCAUCUACUCAAACGAGAGUGGUGCAGAAAAAGGUUUACCUCUCAAUCUUACAAUUGGAGUUUCGAAUAUUAUAGUGGCAACACUAAACCUGCCAUGGAACAACGUGUUUGGAGGUGAAAACCUAUCCAUCUUCGAGAUUCUUUCCCAAAAUCUCCCUGGUAGUCGAGAGCUCCUCCAUGGUGGCCCAACAAGUGAUAUCAGAGCCAAUAGUGCCCCAAUAAGUAGUAUCAGAGCCGAUGGUGACCUAACAAGUGGUAUCAGAGAUGAUGGUUAA